UGCGUCCAGGGACGGUGCAAGCCCCCGUGCGGCUGCCCUCUUGGAUUGAAACGGUGCUGUGAGGGCGGUCCCUGCGUGAAGUGCUGCAAGGAUUGCGAUUGUCCCAAGGGCCACAACUGCGUCAAGGGACAGUGCAAGCUUCCGUGCUGCCCCAAGGGACAGAAGCGCUGUGUGCCCUGCGGUCCGUGCAAGAAGUGCUGCAAGGAUUGUGAGUGUGCCACCGGGGAGAAGUGUGUCCUGGGAGAGUGCAAGCGCCCGUGCGCAAACGCAACGGUCACAACUAUCCACAAGUAAGCCAUGACGGAAGAAGCGCUGCAAUGGUCGUCAUGGUGGGCGCGCGGGAAGAAGUGCGUUCACUGACGGUGCAACCCUGCGUGCAGGUAAUGAGUGGUGAACGGAUUGGUGCAGCACAAUUGCUUUUCGUGAAGCACCAUUAGCAGAAGCGGACGAAGCGCUGAGGCUGUCUGCAGUACGCAUUGGUGCAAGUCAGCUUGCUUACCUUACUCUGGUUCACAACUACCCGCGGGCUCGACAACUUGGGUUGAACGAUGCGACAGAUUUAGCGGGUAGGUUUCCUUCGUAGGAAACAAUAGAGGAUCGAGGUUGAUCCGCAUCCGCCAUGAUUGCCACUAGGUUACCGYSUUCAGUUUUCACGAGUCCUCACAAAAUCGAACUAGGCUCACUACCAACACCCGAGCCGCUGAAGUUCCGACUGCCAACACCGGGAGUUGUGCAAAAGGCACAGUGCACAGAGCGACAGCAGUGUGAUUUGUCGCUCUUGGUUUCCCCCGCAGUCAUGACCACCGUCUCCCCUCCUUCCCCGCCAAAACUACCGACGCGUCGAGCCAUUCGCUCAGCCCAUUGCAGCGAGCAGCUUGCUACUCGCGAGGACGUUGUGUCCUCUCUUCUCGACUUGAGCAUGCUCCUGGCUCAUCAGGAGCGACUCACCCUCCAUAUCACUGCACUGCAUCGCCUUCUCGCCAUCCUCUCUGACCCUGAUCGCACCCUCCCGAUCAUCCCAAUAGGACUCGGGACCUCCAUGAGGGUGUACUCAGCGCUGUGGGAUUCCGGUUCUCAGGGCGACUUCAUUCACCCACGCGUGGUGAAGGAAGCCCGCUUACCCACGAAAGGGUCUCCGACUCCCAUCUCCGUUACCCUAUGGAAUGACAAGACCCAACGCUUCUUCGAUCAGACGGUCACCGACCUCCCCUUCUUCCUCACUCUCGAGCCGACUGAUUGUUCCCCGGCAUCUCGUCGCCACCGCUCCUCUGCACAUUUUUAUGUGAUGGAGACGGGGUACGACUUCAUUCUCGGCACUCCGUGGUCUCGUCGGUUCUGCAGCACCGAGGCCGAUUGGGCGACCAACACUCUCGUUCUCAAAACGAAGUGUGGACAGACACUCUUGAUCCUCGAGGCCACCGAACUCAAGCGCCAGCUUAAGGAGCUCCUGAGACUGGGUUUCAUCAAAUCCAGCAACUCCUCGUGGGGUGCACCCGUCCUCUUUGCUCGCAAAGCGGAUGGAACUCUUCGUCUCUGCAUCGACUACCGCCGUCUCAACCGCUACACGGUUAAGAACAACUACCCCAUGCCUCGUUCCGAUGAGUUGUUCGACCGCCUAGCAGGCAACCGCUUCUUUACGAAGAUUGAUCUUCCUAGCAGUUACCAUCAGAUCCGCGUCGCUGCAGCCGACCAACCGAAGACCGCGUUUCGAUCGCGAUUCGGCCACUACGAGUUCACAGUGAUGCCGUUCGGCCUCACCAAUGCAUCCGCCACCUUUCAGAGGGCGAUGAACGACAUCUUCAGGGACAUCCUAGAGCAGUACGUUCUCGUCUACCUCGACGAUAUCYUGGUCUACAGUCGCACCCUUGAGGAGCACCUCAGACACCUCCGCGAUGUCCUUGACCGUUUGCGUAGACAUGGCUUCUGCGCCAAGCGGAGCAAGUGCCGCUUUGCCGAGCACAAAGUGAAUUUCUUAGGACACUAUGUGUCUGACUAGGGUCUCUACAUGGACGACGCGAAGAUCACUGCUAUUGCGGAGUGGCCCGCCCCCACAUACGCCAAGCAGCUUCGCAGC